AUGUUCGAGUACGACCGGUGGCCAGACCUUGGGCUCAAUAUGAGGAGAAGAGAUGAGACCGACUUCAAGAAUGACUUCCGGGAAAUCUCGCAGGCAAUCUCCGCCGCCCAAACCAUCCCGCGCGAGCAGUUCGACUGCGGCAGCUCGUCGGGCUAUGGAAGUCCGGGCGGGACUCCGCUGGCGAGUCCUCAUUCACAGCCUCCAGGAAACGUCGGCCUCCUCCCCAUCCACGUGCAACGAGCGUUCCGCGAUGCCGGCUACUCCAUCGACAUCGAGCCGCAACCGGCUUUUGCCCACGCCACCUCGGCGAUGAUGCCGCCAAUCUCGCCAAUCACCGCCGCCACGACGCCUGACAAGAAGAAGCCCGCCGCCGACGACCCGAACGGCCCGGCGCCGACCGAGGACGGGCUGUCGAUGGACGAUAUUCGAGCCUUCGAGCAACUGCUGUGCUCGCCGAAAAAGGCGCCGCCCAGCAAGUACCAGUGCCAUAUUUGCUACCAGAACGGCCACUACAUCUCCGAUUGCCCACAGCGCUUCAGCAGCGCCUACGACGAGCUGACCCCGUAUCAGGGGCGCAAGAAGUGCUAUGGGGAAUUCCAGUGCCAACACUGCAAAAGAAAGUGGACCUCGCAAAACUCGGUGGCCAAUGAGGCGCAGUCGUGCAUCAAGUGCCACGUGCCCGUGUUUCCGCAUAAACAGCUUCCGGUCGAAAAAGCUGUCACGCUCGGGCUGAUCAAGCCGCAGAAGGCGCCGCCCACGAAAAUCGCACCGAUCGGCCAUGGAAGGCCCCCAGCUGCCAAGGGAAAA